AUGAUGUACGAGGAAAAUGAGGAUUGCCGGAAAAAAAAUAUCGAGCGUCGAAGGGAAACCUCUCGUUUCGCUGCACGUGAUCGUCGCGGGAAAGAGGCCGACAUUUUCUCCGAUUUGAAAGAUGAAGUGCCGAUCGUUCACGAUGCUACAGUUACCCAUGUUGAUCGAAUCGCUUUGCUCCGUGUAGCGGCCACGUUUUGUCGGCUGAGGAAAUGCGCGGCUGAAGUACUUCGAACACGUCUCUGUCGUGAGAACACAAGUGGUAUUUGGGGUGAAGACGCACUAUUGGAAUGCUUCGAUGGCUUCAUUCUGCUCGCCGAUUCGGAUGGAACGAUUAUUUACGUAUCCGAGAGUGUCGCUUUGUUUUUAGGGCUAACACAGACGGAUCUCACCGGUCGAAAUCUCCGCGAAUUCAUGCAUCCGAGUGAUUUCGACGAAUUCGCGAAAUUGAACACUGAAAUGGGAGCACAAGCGACGAGAAAUGAAGAUCGUGGAAUGACUGGAGAAAAUAUCGUGUUACGCAUGAAGACCGUCAUCUCGCCGAGGGGACGAAACCUCAAUCUCAAAGGCGCACUGUUUAAGCCAAUUUCCUGUCUUCUGCGUGUGAUGCAUUCUGAUGGGAAUUCGAUCUCUCUCAUCCAGGGAUGCACCGUCCCAGCUGGUCAAGGAUCAAUCUCCGCCACGGCUAAUGCCAUCACAAAGAAUGGUGAAUCGCCAAAUGGAACAUUCAUGACUCGGCAUACGUGUGACAUGAAGAUCAGCUAUGUUUCCGAUACGUUCAAUUUCAUUUUAAAGAAUGACGCUCGUUCAUUGAUGGGAUGCUCGUUUUACGAGUUGGUUCAUCCAGCCGAUGCGCACAUUGUGCACAAGUCAAUUCGCGAACUCUUUCAAAAGGGACAUGUGCGGACUCCAUUCUAUCGCCUCGUUGCAGCGAACAAUAACCUUGCAUGGGUGAUGACUGAAGCUACAACGAUCAACCACACAACUCGAGGACAAAAGGGACAAUAUGUCAUCUGUAUUCACUAUGUAUUGGGAAUUCAAGGCGAAAGCGAGAGUUUGGUGAUGUGUUCAGAGUCUCAACCGGCUGGAAUGCCCGUGCUGAAGACGAUAAAAGCCGAAGUGGAUUGUCAAGAAGGAGAGGAUAUUGUUGGCAAAGAAUUGGUUGGCCGACAGCCGGCCAUUUUGGAGUGUUUCGAUUUCACUCCACUCGUCGCUCCAUCCGAUGAGAUCAUGAUCGGUUCUCCGUCGCAAAUCACGCAAAAUAAUGGACGAGCGACGAGGAAUCUGUCACCUGAAUCGCGGAAGACAAGCUACGAUGCGGUGCUUCAAUGGCUAUUUCGAGAUCGUCCGAGCAGUCCGGCUCCGCGAUAUAGAGAAGGACACGACGGCGGGGCAACGCUUUCCCCUAGCCACCAUUCAUUCGCAACGAGCUCCGGACCGGCAUCAAAGCGAAGUCGUCACGAAGUCGACUACCCCUCACCCUCUGGCCCCCAUUCCGUCCCCGCUCCAAUCACCGCAAUCCGGCCUAGAACCGACUCAUUUGGAGGCUCAUCAACAACUAGAGAAUCAAACACAAAGGAAUCACCAACUGGAGUAUCAAGGGGCUCAGCCCAACCCUCUCACUCGGGCUACUCCCCAUUGGCCGAAGGUCUUGCCGAUUGUGCUUUGCGGUCUCCAAUCGAUCCCCUCUCCCCUCAACACACGAGAAUUAUGGGAGACAACCAAUUCCAAAUGGGAAGAUCAAUUGGUGGCGGAUCCAAUGGAAUUGAUGCAACCGCACACCGCCCACGAGGUCUUCCCGCCGUUUCAUCAAAUGGCACUCACCCACUGCUCGCCCCUCACUCGCGGGGGUCCAUGUUCCCCGCUCUGUCUCCUUCCACUCCUCUUCAUCAAACGAUCCCCACCACUUCCGCAAAUCACCAGCAACUCAUCAAUGGUGAUCAACGGAAAGAAGCAAUUCUCCAAGAAAGAGCCGAUGCCGUCAAUAAAGCCCUUGCGGAUCUAGAUUUUCCCUUCGAAGAUCUCCACAGUGUCGCUCCAUUCGUGCCCCAAGAAGAGCUGCAACCAAUCUCCGAAUCAGUGGCCAAAGAUUUCCAAACGCUUUUCCCCGAUUUGCCCGAUUGGACACCAACCGAACCAGUCGCCUCAGCUGGAAGAAUGGCAAAAGUUGAUGAAGAUGGAGUGGAUGAGGAUGCGAAUCAAAAUGCUGACGGUCCCUCCUCGAAACGUGUCUUCUACCCAUCACCUCCGACUGCAUCUCCAUCUUCCCUCCCAUCAAUCCCCUCUUCAUCUUCAUCUUCAUCUUCAUCUUCCUCAUCCGUUUUUCCAUCUCAGCCCUCCAAUUCCUCUCAUCAUUUUGUCCCGCAAUCACCGCAAAUUCUCCCGUCACCGUCAAGGAAUUCACAAAAUGGUGUUUUCCCAGCACAAAACGGGGUACUG